AUGUGUACAUUUGUUUUUACAAAAGUAGGUAUAGUAUGUUUUGAAUACAUUAUUCAGCACUCCAUUUUUCAGCUGAAAAUAAAAGUAUAUGGUCCAUCUACAAGAAACAAUAUUAAUCUCCCAGUGUUUUACGAUAUCUUUCUUAAUAACAUCAAAAAAUGCACAUCAUCGAAAAAAAGACACCUGUGGCUCACGCCAAUCCCUGUAUGUUUUGCGGCAAGAAAACUCACACCUAUUCAACAUGCCCAUACGUUUACCGCCCUAAAUAACGUUAAUCAAGCUCUUGUUGACCCUCUAGAAAAGAACUAUUCUAUUCAUCAAGACUAA